AUGUCAGAUAGUUCUUCUUCAAGCGACGAUUUUUUCUUAGCUGCUUCUGAAGAGGAUGAUGAGCCGUUAUCUUAUGGUAACGCAAGAGAAACCAUUAUAGAUGAGAAAGUAACAGAAACAAUAAGAAGCGAUGAGAGUUCUGAUGAUUCAAUAAUGAAGGAAUAUGUGAAAAGAAAUAGUCUGCGAUCCUCUAAGACGGAGCCUUCUGAAGGUAAGAGAGGUGAACCUCGUCGAACAUCGAAAAGAACAAGAACUUCGGUAAUAUCCUCGUCAGCUUCAGAUGAAUCUUUCUUUUCAGACGGAUCUGCAAGUCGAAGCAGCUCACGUUCACCAAGUCCACCAGCUAAGAGACAGAAAAGUUUCAUUUCAGAGACAGCUGAAGAUUCAGAUGAAAAUGACGAUUUUUUCAAAGAAUUAGCCACAGUAGCUCAAAAGAAGAGCGUGACAGGUACUGAAUCAGCAGCUAAAAGACCUAAAAGAAUAUAUAAUAUAAGGUUUAUUUCCAAAUUAGAUGGCUCAAUAAAUAAAAGUGUCAAAGUCAAAGUACUGGGCAAAUUUCCGUUUUCUAAGAUUUUACCAGCUGCAUUGAAAGGUUUAAUUGACGCAUACAAGAUACCGUCUAUUAUGUCAGAGAUAUAUGACGUCGAAAAUGUCGGUUUAUAUUGGAACAAUGCAAAACUACUAAACUUCAUGACAUGCGACUCCUUAAGUAUACCACUAGCUUUCGAAAAUGAAAUAUCAAACGUUGAUAUACUGAUUGUCUCUAAAGAAUUUGGCGAAAAAUUGGAAAAAUUAGAUCAAAUGAAAACAUUACAGGAAGAAGCAAAACUAGAAAGGCAAGAAGAAAUCAAGGAUGUUGAUGAAGGAGAUGAUUUCGUCCUGAAAGAGUUCGAAGCAGAAUUGCGAGAUGUGGCUCCAAGUAACGCCAAUCUCUCACUUGAUACAGAUGGUGAAGAUUCUGAGCCAUUGAUGAAACUUGCUCUUAUGGGCCAGGACAAUAAAAAGAUCUACGUCAAUGUCCGAAGUUCUACACAGAUCUCCAAGUUGGUAGAAUAUUAUAAGAAGCAAAAAAAUUUGGCACGUAAUGUAAAGGUUAAACUUUUAUUCGAUCAUGAUGAGUUGGAUUUAAAUGAAACUGUCGGUGACCAAGAUAUGGAGGACGAAGACAUGAUUGACGUAGUAGUCGUGUAA